AUGGUAUUUCACCAUCGAGUAGCAUGGGCGGCACGCCUAUGGCUUAUUGCUGCCCUCAUUUGGCUAGUUGAAAGUCAAACCCUCAACGAAACAUUAUAUAGGCCAAGAUUCACGCCUCCUUCGAACUCAACACCACGGUUUAUUAAAGAUGCCGAUAUGAGUUUUGCUGGUCACUCUAUCUUCUCUUACUUCCGCAAAUUCACAGCCGUAGAUGAGCUACCACUCGGAACCUGCGCCCCUGGGACUCCUUGUAUUAACGGAGCAUGUUGCAGCAAGAAAGGACGCUGUGGUUAUUCCCCUGAAUAUUGUGGAAAAGACAACUGCAUUUCGUAUGUUAACCCAAAGAAAUAUCUUAAUAAUAUACUGAUGAUUAUUAGGAACUGCGAUACCAAGGCAGAAUGUGGCCAAUAUGGGGUAGAAGGGGAAAAUAAAUGUCCCCUGAAUGCCUGCUGUAGCCAGUUUGGGCUCUGUGGAUCAACAUCCCGUAAGAAUAAUUCUACCUCGAAAUUGUAUUAUUAUAGUCUCUUUACAGAUACAGGAUUCUUAACAUAUUUUACAGUGUUCUGCGGUACUGGAUGUCAGCCGGGCUAUGGAGGGUGUGGAGAUGUACCACGUCCAUCCUGUGCAGGGGGCGCUUCUGCUUCGUUAAGAAGAGUUGCAUACUACCAAUCCUGCCUCACGGGGAUUACACAUUUGAAUUUCGGUAUGGGCCGAGCGAUUUCCUUUAUGUUAUUGAAUCCAAUCACCUUUGAGAUAACACCCAUGACAAACACAAGCUCUGAAUUGAUCCCUCGAGUGAUUGCGCUCAAGAAAAAAUACCCGGGGCUGCAGGUUUGGGCUGCCAUCGGUGGUUGGUCGUUCAACGAUGAGGCCAACUCACAGAAUACUUGCAGGGCCUUCCGCAAUAUGGUCGGUAAAAUAGAGAAUCGCACGAAGUUUAUUUCGGCGCUUUUGAGAUUUAUGAGGACGUACGGUUUUGAUGGAGCUGAUCUUGACUGGGAGUAUCUCGGUGCUGAGGAUCGUGGGGCCAAAACCGAAGAUACUUCAAACUUGGUUUUACUUCUGAAAGAGAUGCGGACGGCUUUUCAGGGUCAAUAUGGCCUGAGUGCUACCCUCCCUACAAACUUUUGGUACCUACGCUGGUUUGAUAUUAGCAAAAUGCAGCACUAUUUGGAUUGGUUUAGCAUAAAGACAUCUGAUAUUCACGGUGUUUCGGACGCAUAUAGGAAGCCUUCAGGGCCAUUUGUGCGACCACAUACUAAUCUGACUGAAAUUGGGGAAGGAUUAGAUUUACUCUGGCGAGCAGGCGUUGAACCCUCCAAAGUUACACUCGGGCUCGGCUGGUAUGGCCGUUCAUACACCUUAGAAGAUGUUUCCUGUUCUAGACCAGGAUGUCGCUUCGCACAGGGGGGUACUCCAGGACGGUGUACUGCUAGCCCUGGAAUACUUUCAAAUGCGGAGAUUAUGGAGAUUAUUGAUGAGCACAACCUUACCCCUAUCUAUGACAAGGAGGCCGGUGUUAACUGGAUAACCUGGGAUAAGACCCAAUGGGUUAGCUACGACAACGAGAUAACAUUCGCCCAGAAGAUCAAUUACGCCAAUUCACUAUGCUUAGGAGGAACCAUGAUCUGGGCUAUUGACUUUGACGACCUUGCUGGUACCACUAAUUCUUACACAAUUGGGUCUCGGUUUGUAAAAUAUAUCACCGGUGGGGUAUCCUUCGGCGGUGGUUACGAUUCCUGGUCUGACGAGACUAUUGGUAGCGAUUGGAAUUUCCUUACUGAUUGUUCGAUUGGAAUGGAAGCCGAAGUACGCCAUUCGGCCUAUGUCGCGGACAGCUGUUAUACCUCACUUUGCGGCGAGGGCUGUGCGGAAGGAUAUUCCGCUUUUGCUUACAUGCGUGGUCAGGUCGACGGCAUCAGGUUUAAUACUUCAUGCGCGGAUCGUGAUACGGUACAAAGUCUAUGCUGUGUAUCAGUUAGUCACUUUCUAUUUGGGAUUUAUAUUUCCAUUCCGUGGAACAAACUGAUUCGUUUAAUCCAUUUUACAGGGCGGCAAUCCGGUAGGUUUUUAAAUUCUCCGCCCAAAAGGCCAAUUUUUUGGAUGGAUAAAUAG